UUUUAACCAUUUGUCCUUUAAUUUUGAACGUGAAUUAUAUAAUCUUGAUUUAUUUCACUAAUAAAAAAAUCGCGCAAAGAAGGGUUAAGGGCUUCUAUUUUGACGAAUUUAAAAUAAUAAAAGCAGUUUAUUUUUAGUUAGUUGUUUGACAAGAUGAGAUCAGAUGAGCUAAGCUGAGAUACCACAUAAGUACCUGAUUGCUGACAUUAUACCCAACGUACGGAAUGCCAAUAUACCGCAACAACAAUUCAACAAUAAUGAACGUCUUAAUUAUUUUGCUGGCGUUAUAUUUUCACGAAUCAAGAUGUGACCCGAAUGUUCCUAUAAUUGUCACUACAUGGAACUUUCAAAAUUCUACAAUCAAAGCAUGGGAUAUACUAAGUAACGGUGGUUCAGCUUUGGAUGCCAUUGAAGAAGGUGCUACAGUGUGUGAGGUCUUGCAGUGUAAUACCGCAGUUGGUUUUGGUGGCAGACCUGAUGAAAAUGGUGAGACCACUCUCGAUGCACUAAUUAUGGACGGGAGAAAUAUGAAUGUCGGUGCAGUUGGUGCUCUAAGAAGAGUUAAAAGUGCAAUGUCAGUGGCCAGGAAUAUUCUAGAAUACACCAAACAUUCAUUCCUCGUUGGUGAUCAGGCUACGGAGUUUGCUUUGAAAAUGGGAUUCAAAGAAGAAUCACUUAUUACAUCUUAUUCUACGAGUUUGUGGGCGAAGUGGCGUGAUGAAGAUAAUUGUCAACCAAAUUUCUGGACGAAUGUGAAACCGAAUCCAAACGAAUAUUGUGGACCAUAUAAUAAGUUAGAUACACUUGUUACUGGCCAAAAGAGAAAUGUGCUAGUAGAUGAAUUCAACCAUGACACUAUUGGUUUGGUGGCCGUAGACAGAAAUGGAGAUGUGGCAGCGGGCACUUCUACCAACGGAUUAAACUUUAAGAUUCCAGGGAGGAUUGGUGACUCUCCAAUAGCUGGGUCUGGCGCAUAUGCUGAUAACACCGUUGGUGGGGCUGCGGCCACUGGUGAUGGUGACGUCAUGCUGAGGUUCAACCCCAGCUUUCUAACUGUAGAGGAAAUGCGUAGAGGGGCUUCACCGACUACAGCAGCACAAACUGCAAUCGCAAGAAUAGCGUCGUAUUAUCCAAGUUUUAGUGGUGCUGUUAUUGCGGUAACCAAGGACGGGGAGUAUGGUGCAGCUUGUCAUGGAUUGCAAACAUUCCCUUACGUAGUACAAGAUAUAAGUCGGGAGACGUGCGAACUUAUUAACAUUAACUGUUCCUGAUACCAUGUUUUAAAAGUAAAUAAAUAAAUAAAUAAGUAAUUAGUAAGUAAAUAA